GCUUAUCCAACUCCUUCACACUGUCUGGUUGAAAACAUAGAAAUCCACAGAAGAUGAGAUGUAUCUGUAUAUUUCCUGGCUGUUUACAAGAAUCACUCUCGAACACAAACUUUAACACCCUCUUACAGCAUAUACACAAGCCACUGAAGGCCCGGGUAACCCUACCACACCUUUACGAUGAUCCAUUUCUGGUCUCAACGAAACCGUAAUUUGGAUCUUCAUGUGUCUCCUCCCACACUCAUAAUGGCAUGCAGAAUGCAUGUAGACAGAACAAUAAAGUCCUUAUCGCAGCCAGAAUUAGAACUUUUGUAAUCCGAAGAAUUCGUGCCGGAGUGAGUCUCGUCAGUCAUAGUUUGGAGAUCAGAUUACGGCAAGCGUUUCAGAGCUCAUGUCAGGCAAUCUACAUCAACUCGUCAGAAUAAGGUGGACAGAUUAUAAGAAAACAAUUCCUUUUUCCCCUUUUUCGUCUUCGCUUUUCCAAGCCCUACCGCGUGCCAGCACUUGGAAUUCCGACUGUGCCCAUGAAGCCGUGCAGCCCUUCCUCCCUCAUGCACACAAGCAGUGUGUACGAUAUGAUUAGUGUUGUACUGUUUCUCGCUAGUGACUUCCGAUUGGUGUUAAGUAGGAAGGAAGGAUGUGAAGGAUGCCAAUUUGUACAGCAGGCAAUGACGACACUGUUGUGAUUUCAAGGAGCAAAUUGAAGUCUGCAGGUUGUAACUCGGGAGAGAUGAUUGCAUGAGGUACAUGUACGUAUGUCCCACUUGCAGCAGGAACGAGAUCAUGUUUAUUGUGCACAGAGAACCGCUGCCCGAUAAUGAACGAGCAAGCGUCAUGCCAAAGUUUCGAAACCUGGAGUAGUUUGGUCUGUAUGUCUAGCGCUAGCGACAUUAUUGUCCUGGGAGUCGGUGUGAUGCUCGUCAUUAUGAGUCCCGAAGCCCUUGACUUCCGAGUCAAGGCUCAUACGAACUCUGAUUACUGUGUUCGCUCACCUGCUCGACUGCUCUGGUGCGUUUGGUCAAUGACUGACCGAUCAUCGAGCCAAUGCCGCUAUCUUCGUGAGGAAUGAAGCCUUAUCGAUCCACCGGAACUCUUCUGCUCUUCUGACCUCCUGCUAACGCGCUCGAAGGUACUCGGACCGUGCAGAAUAGGCUCCGCUUGCCAGUCGUGCAGUCGGAGGCUUCGAUUGUGUCAUGGAUCUUAGCAGCUUCCUUCAGCUGUCUCUUCAAUCCGGAUCUGGAAAUUCUCUCGAACAAUUUCAAUGAAACUGUAGCGGUAUAUCGAAUUUCGCUGCCCAUCCCUGUUUGAGGCAUGGUGGAACCUCUACAUUUGGAGCUCGCUGAAUUCUCCUCUCCAGUAAGCAAAAGGAGUCGAGCAGAUGAAAUUGUUCCCUAUUGACUUAUGCUUGACGGCGAAGGUGCGAAACAGAGAAUAUCUUCAAUGGUAGUUGACCAGGUCUCGGACUUCCCAGUUGUUGCCCAUGUUUACUUUCAUAGGUCGUCAAACACCUGGCCAGAGUGCUGGAUUAGUUUGAAGUGAAGGCUCUUCUGUUCGAAGACCAAUCACUCAUGGCGAAGUCCUCUUCUCCAGCAACUCAGGUUGCAUCUCCGAUAAAGAACAAGCAUGCGGUCGCGAAGCGCUUGCCCACGAAAGAAGAAGCCCCAGGCCUGGCUGAUGCAAUCGACAGAUCCAUCACAUUCUACCGCCGCUACGACCAGACGAGACCUGCUGGAAAUCUGGGCAAUGUAGCUGCCUGCGAAACUGUGAGAUCCAUUGUGAACGACUUGAUGCUCGCAGCAGGGGAAGCUGGAAUAUACGGUUUGGUAUUCAAGAUCAUCAGGUUGAUGAAGCAACGAGCUGACAGUGUAAAGGAGCUGGAUGAGAGAGCUGAGCUCGUGCAGAAGUACGCUGACCAAAUCUGGAACAUCUUCGAAAGAAAGAGACGGAGAUUUGCCUGUAGCACUGAUAGCCUGGACGAGCAGAAGAGCCUCCUAACGCUUUGGGAGGAGGAGGUCGUUCUGCUGCUUGCAGAGUGCACACAAAUACUUGAGGGCGUCAGUGCUGAUGCUGCAGACCAGCAACUGUCUGGUUGCAUAUUCUGGACAGGAAGAUUUGCGGGACCACUAAGGAGUUGCAUGAAACCACCAGCCAACUUGCAAGGUCUCGACAACUGUAUAAGCAAGCUAGAGAAGUUCGUAAAGGACCUGAUGAAUGAAGACCGAGCUCGGGCUAACAUUCUCCCAGACUUAGUAGAGAAGGCCGCCGUGGGGAGUGAGUUUCAUCGAGCGAUCAAUGAGCUGAAGCUUUUUGUGAAAGGAAACCCUGUCGCAGAUGCUCGGCCGCAUAUCUCCGUUGUACAAAUACUCGGACCACCAGGGGCCGGGAAGAGCCGACUGGCCAGAGAAUUACUUCAUACAUUAUACUCGGAGUACAACGAAGAGGCUGCAAACAAUGAAUUCGACGAGAGUGGCUUCAGGAUCGAGCUUCUACAAAUCGACUGUAGCAGUACUGCAGGUUCUUGUCGGGAAACAGCAUUACUGUGCCAGCGGCAGCUCAUUGAAAAGAUGGCUGAUGAUCGGUGUACUGAAGGACUGACAUCCACAGAUGUGGGAAAAACAAAGAUACGGAAGGCUUUAAAAGACUGGAAGGAGUCCAGUACUCGUCAGGCACGGAAAUUGUUGAUAUCCUUUGACAACCUUCCAUCGCAGACAUCACUGCUCUCGGAAACGCUUCCUGAUGACUUCUCCAAACUCCUGCCAUCGGACAGCUGCGUCUUAGUUUCCAUGAGAAGCGAGGACAUCAGCUGUACUGUAAGUAGGGCGGAUGAUCAGAUCAAACACAUAUUUCCCAGCUCCCGAUGCAGGCUCAAGGAAUUCACGUUGCAUGGUUUGCAGUACGUGGAUGCCAGGACUCUCCUGGAGGAGUAUACCCAAGGUCCUCCUGACGCGGAUGAAACGACCAGGAAUGAUGCGGUUCACGACCUCGUUGAACGAUGCGAGGGCAAUCCGAGACUGUUGGUCACUUUUGGGAAGUUCUUCCAGACACAGCCCAGGACUCUGUCAUUUUGGACCGAGACCUUGAAGAAGCUGGAGGUCAUGCACUCGAGUGCUUUCAGCCAGAAAAUGCUGAACGGGAUGUGGAAGGAGCACACAUCCAAAUCCAAAAAUGAUUCAGCAGCGGAUGAGAUCGGGAUGUAUGCUCGAUUUGCACAGAAGAUGGAACUCCUGUACAAGAUGAAGCUGGGAGAAUGUCAAGACGCCUUCACCGACAUCUCGAAUAUAUUCGACGGCUGGAGUUGGCAUAUUGUAGAGUCCAUUCUUGGAAAAGACAUUUUGAGGAAACUGAAAGACAAGAAGUUCGUCUCUUCCGGGCACGUGCUUCCAAUCAGAGAUUCGAUCUUGAGUAGUCCCCAUCAAGCCUGUACCUGGACCGAUGUGGCCAUCCUUAUGAACAAGUGUGAUCGCAGGUCAUCCAAACAUUCGAGGAUUGUUCAAGCUGACCCUGAACUCCGGGACAAUGCACGCAUUAUCAACGGCUUUAAGCUUCUGCAUCUACACGCCGUGAAUUCUCCGAUGCCUAAACAACUUCUCGAGCUCUCGAAGGGGAAAUCCAGAAACCUGCGAAGCUUGGGGCUGGUAGAUUGUGAAGGAAAAUUCCAGAUGCGAUGGCUCGAUAGUAUCAAGGGCCUUCAUGACCUCAUCUUGCACAACAUUCAACACACGGAGGGCAUCGUUACAGAAGCCCAGAAGGAUCUUGAUUAUCUUUACUGGGGAUCGAUGAGCAAGAACAGAUUUCCAUUUACCCCUGGAAACCUACCGAAUCUGCAGACCCUGGUGUUGACGGACGUCGACUUGGGUACAACAAAGUUCCAGAUACCUUUCCAGCUGCAGAACCUUAGUUUGAUACGCUGCCAGCAUGUGGACUCCAUAGCUCUUUCCAUAUUCGAAUCAGAAAUUCUCAAAUCCGUUCACCUGGAAGAAUGUCCGGGAAUCUGUAAAUUUAAUAUACCUGAGCAGCGCAAGGGCUUCGUCCCUUUCGAUCUCUCCAUUCAGAAUUGUGCAGAUUUUGAUCAUAUACCCAAGCUCAUCAGCAAACUUCAGCGCUUGAACAACUUGGAGAUUAUCUCUUGUCGAAACCUCCAAUGCCAAGAGCUGGACUGUACUCCGCUGCCCAAUCCAAAGCGAGUCGCGAAGCUUAACUCCAUGCCAGCCUUGAAAUCUGUAACCUUAGAGGACUGUCCGAAUCUAACUUGCUUGCCAGCAGAGUUAGCUCCUUACUGUAAAAGCCUGACAGCGUUGGAAAUCAGAUCGUGCAAACUCAAGGAGCUACCUCCGGAGAUUGGCAUGUUCGAGGUACUCAAGGAGCUGAGCGUGACCAGCUGCACAUCCCUCAAAUCACUUCCCAGGGAGCUAGGAGAUUUACAGCAACUGCAGACGCUCUCCCUGGUGGAAUGUAGAGGACUUCGAUCCCUGCCGGCCGAGAUUGGAAAGUUGCAGUCUUUGAAAGAGCUGAAGCUGGACUACUGCUCGGGCCUGAAAGCUCUCGCGGUGGAAAUACAGGAUCUGCAGCUCCUGACGACUCUAUCGAUGUCAUUCUGUGUGGUGCAAGACCGGGACAAGUCUACCAACCCACCGACUGAGGGCUCGCCCCUUCCUGAUCUUGGAAAGCUCAAGCACCUGAAGUAUGUCAACCUGAUGGGUUUCGAGCCCGCUAGUAUCCUUCAAUCACUGGUCAGAAGCACCGACUCGACACGUCGCUCCUCAGUAGAGCAAAUCACAGUAAUCAAGGAUUUGCCAAAGCGAGAGCAUGUCUUUGAUCUCCCCUUCUGCUCCAAGCCAUCGGCUAGACUGGGUAACGAGGAUAGUAGAUCUUUCAAGUCCGCCAAUAACUGACAAUCUCGUCCUACGCUCUGCGCUCCUGCCAGCUGAGCCACUGAAACAGGUGCUUGAGAUGUUCUGGAACCUCAACAGAAUCCCGACGGCAGACAAAGCAGAGAAGGAUGAGAGAUUUAUUCUACCGAACAGUACAUUCCCUCAUUUCUGUCGGCACCAUCUUGCCUACCUCGUGGGCGUAGAUUGUAGAAGUCAACGUGAAAGCAGAAACUUGGUCGAUCCAAAUCUCCCGAAACUCAUGUGCAGAGGAACUGACCAGAAGCCUUUGAAUCAGUAGAAGCUUGCAGAAAACAUAGUGGACAUGAUGUCAUGCGUUUGUAUAGCAGUUGCAAAUAGAUUGCCACUAUGCAGGAAUUGUAUUUUGUAUACAUCUAUAGGCCCGACGAUUUCAUUUAGAAAUAUAACACAGUUUCAGGUAGCCAACAAUUG